AUGAUGUGGUCCAACUUCUUCGUGCAAGAGGAGGGCCGGCGGCGCGCAGGCCUGCGGCGAGGGCAGCAGGCGGCCAGGCUGAGCCCGGAGCAUGAGGGCAGGAUCAAGCUGGCGCUGCUGCUGGCCGCCGUGGGCGCCACGCUGGCCGUGCUGGCCGUGGGCACCGAGUUCUGGGUGGAGCUCAACACCUACAAGCUCAAUGGCAGCGCCAUCUGCGACGCCGCCCACCUGGGGCUGUGGAAGGUGUGCACCAAGCGCCUGUGGCAGGCGGACGUGCCCGUGAGCAGGGACACCUGUGGCCCCGCAGAGCUGCCCGGAGAAGCCAACUGCACCUACUUUAAAUUCUUCACCACCCACCGGAACGCACGCAUCUUUCAGAGAACCACAAAGAAAGAGAUCAAUCUGGCAGCUGCAGUGAUAGCGGUGUUGGGGCUGGUAGUCAUGGCCCUGGGCUGCCUGUGUAUUAUCAUGGUACUCAGCAAAGGUGCAGAGUUCCUGCUCCGAGUUGGAGCCGUCUGCUUUGGCCUUUCAGGCCUGCUACUUCUGGUGAGCGUGGAGGUUUUCCGGCAUUCUGUGCAAGCCUUGCUCAGCAGAGUCAGCUCUGAGCCUACACCCGCCCCAGCCCUGGCCUAUGAAUACUCCUGGUCUCUGGGCUGUGGGGUGGCGGCUGGACUGGUCCUGAUGCUGGGGGGUGGCUGCUUCCUGCUGCUGGCGCUGCCUCCUGGGUCCUGGAGGACCUUUUGUCCCAAGCAGGGGCAAGAAGGCACCUAG